GUCUUUAUGAUAACCAUUAUUUUAAGUAAUUAUUAUACCAAUAGUGUCCCCGUGAUUUAAUGAACAAAAAAGAAGUAGGCCUAGGCUAAGUAAGAAGUAAAGUAUAGAUAAGAAAGCGUUUAAAUAAACAACAAGGAAACGAUCAAUCAGAAAAUUGACGGGGAAUAUCUUCUUGAGAAGCACCCCCCCCCCCCUUAUGGAAACAAAAACACAAAAGGUCUUGGCCUGUAAUUCUACAUGAAGUUUCCUUAGAAACGAAGUUCGAGGAUGGUUUAGUUGUCUUUAUUUACACUCGCAGAUGUCACAAUCAAUCCCAGUAUAGACUGAGUCAUCAAGCAUACAAUGACACGCAGUACUAUAGUUUGCUGGCCUGUGUAUAGCAGUGGGCCAUUAGCAGACCUUCUUUGCAGUUUGGACAUUUUGGGUGAAAUUCAAAGGUUAGCCGGAAAUCAAUAUUUCCUAAUUAUAAACUUGUCAUAUAGUUAGCAAACAGGGGGCAGAUGGCAUUGUAGACAGUCGAGUCCAUUGCAAUCAGUCGUGUGUUGCUUUGCACUUCAUUAAGUUUCAUGCAACCAUUUCGUUCUGCUUGUGGAUAUACUUUGAAGAAGUUUGAGUUGAUUGUUGGUCAUCUUCGUUACAACUUACCAUGAAAGGCAGUUGCAGUCUCAAAUAAAGUAGGUAAGGUAAUAUGACACUUUUUUGUACGUUUGCAGAUCUAGAAUUUGACAGCCGGAAGUAAAUUUUGACUGAAAUAUUUUGCCAGUAUGGGAAAUGCACGAAGCUUAGUUUUCUGAGUUAGUUAUAAAAAAACCUCUGACGUAGGCCUAUGUAAACUUUGUGUUACCAUCAUUUGUAUACGUCAUGUGGUAAAAUGAUGUUCAAAAACAACAAAAGGACCAGAUCACGAAGAGAGUUAAAGCAAAUUGCACUUGAUCGUUUUGUUUCCCUUCCAGGGUGGGGCCAACCAAGUGAUGCUGUUGUGUGCCAGAUUUUGUUCUUUAUUAAUUUACUCAUUUUCUUUAAGUUUUGUGUAUUUUCUUUUAAUUAAUAAGUUUCAUACAAUGUUCAUAGUGGCAUAACUAGACAUUUUCAUUCGGGUGGCCUGAGUGAUGGAACAACGACGUAAAAAUGUUUGGCUGAUGGAGUUCGUGUUUUUCCUCCUUUUCGGGAGUGCAUUUGCUUUCUCCGACUAUUAUUGUGCAUUCCUUCGAACUCAUGAGGGUAAGCAACACUCCCACCCGGACGUCACUGAUGGUAAAUGCAUAAUGCGUACGAGAGAUGAAAUUGUGAAUCAUUCGUACAUCUUCAAUACAUUUAUUGUGAAGUUUUAAAGUAAACUUUGAGAUGUUACGUUAUCUUACGUUACCACAUCAGACAAUGCCUAUUAAUUGUUUAAAUGGCCGCGUGCGGUUUCAUCAUCCUACCGACCACACCCUUUUGAAAAAUAAAAUGUACGAUACAUCCAGUCGUGUCUAUAGACCUUUAUCACAGAGCAGCCAUCUUGAAUGUUUCCCAUUGAUAUCAACGUAACCAAACCGAGACUGGAAAAAACCUGAGUCUGGUUCCUAUUUGCAAAAUGAUUAUUAGCAUUCAUUUUUGUAACUCGAUAUCAAGGAACAUGACCAAGAUGAAAACAUCAUGAUAAAGGUCUAUUAUAAACUCAUCUCAUGCAGUCAUAUCAAUGGGAUGUGCUAAUCCAUGGUUCGUUCAGAAUAGCCAUCUCACUGAGGAUGACUUUAUCUUUAGUCACUAAUGUCCUCAUCAACACAAUAUAGCUGUCGACACUGCCUGUUAUAGUGUAUGAUGGUAACUCUCUGUAGACAUACAGAACACUGGCCUAUGUAAGGGUUAACAUACACGCUUAUAAUGCAUCUGUCGUGCCUCCUACAUUUACAAAAUGUUUUAAAUCAAAUUCCGGAAUCAAGAAUGUUCACCUCUCAUUCUCAACUGCAUGGACUAAAAUUAAAGCACAGUUUGCGGAGACGGAAAUAAAUUGAGCUCAAAAUACAGGUAGUUUAUCAAACAGAACUGUAUUUUUAAACCAAAAUGGUUAACUCGUUGUAAUAAUCUAUUCUUGCAACAUCUCAAGCAAGGCGUACAUUCUACUACGCCAUACCAUUGCCCGUUGCGUUCUUCGACACACGGGAAACUAGUUUGUAAGCCCAAAAUGUGACAAUUAUUUGGCAUGAACCUGCAUGUAUAGAAAGGCCUACAUUUUGAUUGAUUCCUUAAAUGUUCUUGUUUUCUUCAAUGUCUAAAUGCAGAUGAUACUCAGUCGUCCUUUCAAGAAACUUAUGUGAGUAAAACGAGCGAUGACGUCAUCAACAUCUGAAUCCUCGCAUCAAAUCAAACUGAGAAAUCGACUGAUGUCAUAUUCAUCGGAUUAGUGCAAAGAGCAACAACCAUGAUAUCGUUAAGAGAAAGUGCUUAUUCAGUCUAUUUAUUGGCGCUAAUAUUCUUGAGUCUUGUUAUAAGCAACACUGCUAUAUCUUGCCCCAAUAGAUGUAUCUGUCGACGUGGCUUCGAGGUCGACUGCGUUGGUAUCCGUACUGCACGGUUACCAUCCGACCUCCACUCACACACACGUAUUCUUCUCCUAAGCUCCAACUUCAUAACCUCCAUCAAUGAGGAAUACUUCAAUGAACUUUCAGACCUGAGUAAGUUAUACCUGGACGGGAACAGAAUCUCGCGGAUUCCUGAUUUCUGCUUUCGCCAACUUGAGGUGUUAAAGAUACUUCUGCUGAGAAACAACAAGCUUGUUACCAUAUCGAAAUACACCUUUUAUGGUUUGGUUGGUUUGAUGGAGCUGGAUUUACAAGGGAACCGGAUAACUUCCAUAAGUAACGGUGCUUUCGAUGAAUUGGAAAUGUUGAAAGUAUUGCGCUUGAAUGACAACAACCUUAAAGUCAGUGUUCCCCCUGGAGUAUUAUUUGGAAACCCCAUGAGCUUGAUACACCUUGAUAUCUCAAAUGUUGGCAUGACGUCCUUUCAGCAAUACAUGUUCUCACGGCUCGGCAAUCUCACAUUCCUAAAUGUGAGUUCCAAUGCGGGUAUCCCUUUGCACACGCCUUCCUAUUUCAGCAGCCUACAUCGCCUGGACACACUCGUCAUGCAAAAUUGUGAACUACGCUAUUUAGAUCCGUGUGUUUUUGCUGGCCUCAACAACUUAGUUGAUUUGCAAUUGGAUUCCAAUUCCCUCGAAGCACACUUACCAUUGGCGUUACUGAAGAACAUGGUCUACCUUAAGCGCUUGAAGCUAAACAGUAAUAACUUGAUACAUCUUAAUGAGAAACUAUUCGAUGCCAACAACAGACUUGACUAUGUGCAAGUGGCAAACAACCCAUGGCAUUGUGAUUGCGGACUGCUCGGGAUGAGGGCACGUUGGCCAAUACAACCGCCCAUCUUCCUACGUCACAGGGGAUUCGUGUGCCAGUUUCCGGACGCUUUACGUGGUAGAGAUCUAUGGAGCGUGCCUCUUCUCGAGAUGUACGAAUCUUGUGCUGCAACCAUUUAUCAAGUGCUGGCGAUUACUGUGAUGUCUGAUGAUAUAAAUGCACAACAUAUACAUUGCCCUGUCCCUAUCAUGCCUACCACAGCGUCGCAUCUAACUUGGUUCACUCCAAUGGCAGAAUAUAUCACUUUUCAAACACACAUAAAUGGCAAUGGUUCAUUGAAGUUCAUACCCUCGCAUAAACUUCAUGAAAACGGUACCCUCGAAGUCGAGAGGAUUCAAUCCGGGACGUACAUGUGCUCCGUGUCGUUUGACAAUGGCUCCCACCAAAUGGGCAUUGUCAAUGUGGAGGUUGCUCAUCCACAUAUAGAACCAGGGUUAAUAACUGAACCACCUGAGGUCAAUGUCAUUGAGAAAGAUAGUAAGAAUCAUGCACUAAAAGCAUUCCUCGUGCUUUUUGUGUUGGGGUUUGUAGUUCUAGCUGUUGUAGCUAUUCUUCGCCUGCGCCGUGGCCGGUUUCUAUCCGUACAAGGGAAGUCCCCAUUGAUUUCAAUCGCCAACAUACGCUCCAAAGCAAAGACAACUCGACCUACAAGUGAAAGCGUAACGUAUGAUUACGCGUACGCACAUCCCCGAGCAAACAUUGAUCUUGCUGAUGAGGAGAAUGCGUACGCAGUCGGCCCUCUCUGGCAAGAUCGACAACAACUCACUGGUGUGUCGCACAUGAGACCGCCAUCAAAAUCAAUGCAUGAAAGAGGUCCUAAAUACUACAAUGACUGGGUUCGUAAUGCGCUGCCCCGGGCUUCUAAUUCCUUCUCCAUGGGAGAAGUUAAUGGGUACAUCACACCGAGUCAGGUAACUGCUUACUCUCUGAGUGUUAAAUCUUGGAAGCAACGAUUGCAUAGGAAGAGUGAGCAUCAACAGCCAUUGACUAAGCAAGCAACAAUCAGACCAGACAGCGCCAAUAAUCGGUACCUCGAAGUUCUUUAAUAGUGCCCUGAAAUGUGUGAAUAUGAUUUAUUUGUAAAAAUAUAUAUAAUGUGUGAAUGUAUGCAAGAUUGUAUAUCAAUAUGUAAAUCUUACCCUUUAAAAUUUAAUUUAUAUGGAAAUAAGUAUAUUUUUAACUUAUGUUACUAGAGUGAAAAUAAAAAGGUAGGUAGGAACUAGUUGCUAAAACUGAAAUCAUUAAAAUUGCGGGAAUUAUAUUUCUGUGUAGAAUGUAGGCCUAUAUAGCGUGUUUGGAGUCAGUUAGUUUAUCCCUUGGUAUUACUAGUAGUAUAUUGCUACAUUGCCAGUUAUCAAUUUGGGUCUAAAGUCAGGUCUGUUGCGUAUGGAAUUGGAGCCAAGUUUUUUUUUUAUGGGUUUGAAGCAAAGUAGGUUGAGACAAAGUUGGUUGCUGUACUUUUGUCAUUAGCAUAUUCAAAAGGUCAUUAGCAUAUUCAAUUAUGUCAUUAGCAUAAUUCAAUUCCAACAGGUGGCUGUUUUCGUGAUCAGCAUUUUAAACUUUCCGGGAAGCUUUGAUUUGCCCCCGGAAUGUUAGGCGUCAACGUAGCACACCGUUUUGGUCUCAAACGCUUAAAAAUUAAAGGCACUGGACACUAUUGGUA